AUGAGUUAUUUUUCUUCAAACUUCCAACGUUUGCUCUCUUACACAAAACUCUUAACAUCUCAUGUCAAUCAAGGCAAACAUGAACAAGCCCUUUCUCUUUUCCACCAAAUCCAUUCAACUCUCUCCCAUUCACUCGACCCCUUCGUGUUCCCUCUUGCCCUCAAAUCUUGCGCCGCGCUGAGUUUCUCUCAGCUCGGCGCAACCAUUCACGCACACACAACCAAAGCCUCUUUCAUUUCCAACCCCUUUGUCGCUUGUGCAUUAGUCGACAUGUAUGGGAAAUGUGUCUCCGUAGAGUACGCACGCCAACUGUUUGAUGAAUCUCCUGAGAGAAAUGUAGUCGUUUGGAACUCGAUGAUCUCGGUUUACGCACAUUGUAAUGAUGUUGGAAGGGCGUUGGAGUUGUUUCGAGUGAUGGAUGUGGAGCCUAAUCCUUCUACUUUUAACGCGAUUAUCGCGGGGUUGGCGGACACGGAGGAUGGGUUUAGUAGGGCUGUUUUGUGUUACAGAGAGAUGGGGAGGAUGGGGUUGAAGCCGAAUUUGAUUACGGUGCUUGCAUUGUUGCGUGCUUGUCUUGGUACGGCGGAUGUGAAUUUGAUCGAACAGAUUCAUGGGUAUUCGAUAAGGAAUGAUAUUGAUCCAGAUCCGCAAUUGAGGAGUGGAUUAAUUGAGGCUUAUGGGCGUUGCGGGUGUCUUGAGAAAGCUCAUCUUGUGUUUCUUAGUAUGAGAAACAGGGAUGUGGUUGCUUGGAGUAGUUUGAUAUCAGCUUACGCGUUUCACGGGCAGGCAAGAACCGCACUUGAAGUUUUUGAGCAAAUGCAGAAGGCUAAUGUCAGGCCUGAUGGAAUUACUUUUCUUGGGGUUUUGAAAGCUUGUAGUCAUGCUGGACUAGCUGAUGAAGCACAGAUGUACUUUUCUCGUAUGAGGGUUCGUUAUGGUGUUGAAGCAAGCAGUGAUCAUUAUGCUUGUUUGAUAGAUGUAUUGAGUAGGUCAGGAAGAUUGCAUCAGGCGUAUGACGUUAUUAGGAAAAUGCCAGUGAAAGUGACUGCGAAAGCUUGGGGAGCACUACUUGCUUCUUGUCGAACUUAUGGAGAAGUCGAGCUGGCAGAAAUAGCUGGAAGAGCUUUAUUUGAAGUAGAACCUGAGAAUCCUGCUAAUUUUGUGAUUCUGGCAAGAAUUUAUUCUAGUAAUGGGCAAUUUGAGGAAGCGGAAAGACUCAGAAGAGAGAUGAUCAAGAGGGGUAUGAAAACAGCCCCAGGUAGCAGCUGGGUAGUACAUCAAGAUUGACUUA